AUAGAUCCCGAUUUUGAAAUGGCUGCUGCUAAAAUGGCAGCACUCAACAAUGAUUGUCCACAUUUGGAAUCUGUUGGUGAGAUAACCAAGGAAGAUCUAAUACACAAAUCACAUGGCACUUGCCAGGACUGUAAAGUGAAAGGACCAAAUCUUUGGGCAUGCUUAGAGAAUAGAUGCUCAUAUGUUGGUUGUGGGGAGUCUCAUAUAGAUCACAGCACCGUACAUUCUCAGGAGACAAAGCAUUGUUUGACAGUUAAUCUUACCACAUUACGUAUCUGGUGUUAUGCAUGUAGUAAAGAAGUGUUUUUGGAAAGAAAACUGAGAUCUCAUUCGUUAUUGCAAACUGUACAGCUAUCUCAUCAAGAUCCUGAACACAUCAUACAGGAUAUUAGGCUUCCCAGUAUCCCAACACUGAAAAUUCCUCUAAUUGCAACAUUUGAGGACCUAGAUGUACAGGUAGAUGAAGAAGAUGAAUUCAAGGCAAGAGGUCUGACAGGUUUGAAAAACAUUGGGAACACUUGUUACAUGAAUGCAGCUCUUCAAGCGCUUUCAAAUUGUCCACAGUUAACACAGUUUUUCCUUGACUGUGGAAGUUUAGCUCGGACUGAUAAGAAACCAGCCAUUUGCAAAAGUUACUACAAGCUGAUGACAGAACUGUGGCAUAAAAGCAGGCCCGGAGCUGUUGUCCCCACAAAUUUGUUUCAAGGAAUUAAAACAGUUAAUCCAAUGUUUCGUGGAUACUCCCAACAGGAUGCACAGGAAUUUUUGCGUUGUUUAAUGGAUUUGCUCCAUGAAGAGCUAAAGGAACCUGUCAUGGAAGCAGAUGAUACUAACCUAGAGAAUGCAGAAGAGAGCAUGGAAGAAGACAAACGGCACUCUGAUGUAGACUUUCAGUCAUGUAGUAACACUGAUAAGGGGAGAAAUGAGGUUUGGUCAAAAUCUGCUACAGAGGACCAUGCAGAAGAUGCUAUGCUAAUUCAGGAUGAUGAAAACAUAUGUAAAGACUACCAGAAAGAGAAGUCCUUCUGUACCAGCAUGAACAGAGCAAGUUCCAUGGAAGACAUAGAAAAAGAUAUUAAUGGUUUCUUUGAAACAACUGAAUUUUUGCAUAACCAGGAAACCAUCAAGGUGCAAAUUCACUGCAAACAUUCAGACUAUAUCAAUGACGUCCAUAUGAAUGAUGUGUCUUUGCCACAAAGUUUGUCACCCAAAGAUGUGGGGAAUGCACGUUUAUCAACCAGCCCUCCCAAAUCAGGUUCCUUCUGGUCUGGGAUGGUAUCCUCACACAAAAAAGUUCCAACUGUAUCUUCUCCAAAAAAGAAGAAACACAAAAAAUACAGGAGUGUUAUCUCUGACAUAUUUGAUGGGACUAUCAUAAGUUCGGUACAGUGUCUGACAUGUGACCGGGUUUCUAUUACCCUGGAGACUUUCCAGGACUUGUCAUUACCUAUUCCAGGUAAGGAAGACCUUGCUAAGCUGCAUUCUGGAAGUCAUCAGACCUCUCUUGUCAAAGCAGGUUCUUGUGGUGAAGCAUAUGCUCCUCAAGGGUGGAUAGCAUUUUUUGUGGAAUACUUCAAAAGCUGGUUUUGGGGUCCAACAGUAACCUUACAAGACUGUCUUGCUGCGUUUUUUGCCAGAGAUGAACUAAAAGGUGACAAUAUGUACAGUUGUGAAAAGUGUAAAAAGUUAAGAAAUGGAGUAAAGUUCUGCAAAGUUCAACGCUUUCCUGAGAUAUUAUGUAUUCAUCUAAAAAGAUUCAGGCAUGAACUUAUGUUUUCCACAAAAAUUGGAACUCAUGUGUCGUUUCCUUUGGAAGGACUUGAUCUUCAACCUUUUCUUGCUAAGGACAGCCCAGCUCAAAUAGUAACAUACAAUCUCUUAUCAGUUAUCUGUCACCAUGGAACUGCCAGCAAUGGACAUUAUAUAGCUUAUUGCCGGAACAACUUAAAUAAUCGAUGGUAUGAAUUUGAUGAUCAGAGUGUCACAGAAGUACCAGAAUCAGCUGUCCAAAAUGCAGAAGCUUAUGUUCUUUUCUAUAGAAAAAGCAAUGAAGAAGCUAAAAAAGAGAGACAGAGAUUAUCAAGCCUUAAUGUAAUGGAACCAAGCCUCCUCCAAUUUUAUAUUUCUCGACAGUGGCUAAAUAAAUUCCGGACCUUUGCAGAACCAGGACCUAUUUCAAAUAAUGACUUUCUCUGUAUUCAUGGAGGAAUUCCUCCACAAAAGGCUACUUCUGUAGAGGACCUAGUAAUAAUGCUACCUCAAAACAUCUGGGAUAACCUGUAUAGCAGGUAUGGUGGAGGACCAGCCGUUAACCAUUUAUAUGUUUGUCAUACUUGUCAAAUGGAAACAGAGAAAAUAGAGAAACGAAGGAAAACGGAACUGGAAAUGUUUAUUCGGCUUAACAGAGCAUUCCAAGAGGAGGAGUCUCCAUCCAUAUUUUAUUGUAUAAGUAUGCAGUGGUUUAGAGAAUGGGAAGGGUUUGUGAAGGGCAAGGACAGUGAUCCUCCAGGUCCCAUUGACAAUACCAAAAUUGCUGUCAGUAAAUGUGGAACUGUUCUUUUGAAGCAAGGAGCUGAUUCUGGACAGAUUUCUGAGGAAACAUGGCAUUUUCUCCAAUCAAUCUAUGGAGGAGGACCAGAAAUCAUACUGCGACCACCUGUUCCUCAAACUGAACCUGAGCCUUUGGAAACUGAAGAUAAGAUUGAAUUAGAAACACACAGUCUGUAAUCAUCAUCAUCAUCAGGAUGAUUUCUCUUGAGAUUCUUUAUAAUGAACAACAUACAUUCCCAGAUCUCUUCUAUAUUGCUGUUUUACUUUGGUUUCCUAGAGAGGGAACAGGAUGUUGGGCAUUAUUGCAUUUGUUGAAGAAUGAAUCAGAACUUGUAAUUUAAAAAUUCUAAUAAUUUGUUACAGCCUUUAAGGAGACUGGUCUCAGACUGACAGAUGUACCUAUGUAAUCAUAUGCACAAAGUAGCAAUGAAGGAUUUAAUUGUUAUUUUCUGAUCUCUCUGCAUUUUCAGGCUGUUUUUAAUUAUGUUUUGUCAAAGCUAGGAUUAAAGGGUGCAUAUUUUAAACAGAUUGUGGUGAUAUUGUAAGAAAUUGGCCUAAUGUCCUAUGAAAACUCAGGAAAAGCUGUUUUACUUUUAUUUGCAGUGCACUGUAGAGAAUAAUGAAAUAAAUUUCAAAUGCUUUUCAUACAUCAACUAUGUUAA